AUGCAGUUCUCUCUGCGACAGGAGGUCUCCAAUAUAGAGGAAGUAGUUAAAAAUUCAAGCCCAAGUAGCGAAGAUGCAAGGAAGGCAAGGGAGGACUUCCUAAGCCUGUGGGAAAUAGUUCCCGACGAGUGGAAGUCACAAUGCAAACGUCCUCCCUCUGAUCGUAUGAGGGUGGAUGAAUGGAAGAAGGAUCCUAUUAAGAUAUCCAAAGAGGUGCUAACCCAGCUAUCAGUUUGGGGAGAUGAUCUUUCAUCUAUCCUUCCCUUGGCUGCUUUCCCUGAUCACCUCGAGAAAGACUUUGCUCGACGACUGUUACUGGCGUUGAACAAUACUCGCAUCCAAGAAAGUAUAUUGGGUAUACGGUUACGCAUCCUUCAAAUAAUGUUAUACCUCUUCAUUAGCAAGCUAGGCGGUGAGCAGCUUCGCACAGACUCCGAGCGAGCGGGAAGCUGA